AUGACAAGAUCUACAACAAUCAUCCGACAGCAGCUUCCGGUACAUCGUUGGAGAAGAAAAAGAAGAUCUGGACACGCCCCUGGCUGGGUUUGGAGAGGCAGAGGAGAGGAGGAGCAGGGGAUGCUGGUCGUAGAUGAACAAUUCGACGAGUGCGACGACGGCGAAGAAUUUGUGUCGGAGAUGUUGGAGAACUCGGCCGCGUUCCAUUCUUGGCAUCUAGAUUUCAAUUUUGCCGAGUGGAAUUGA